AUGACCACAAAGCCAACACAGGCCAGUAACGAUGACGCUAUAGCCGUCCUAGGCGGAGGGCCCGCCGGCAUGGCGUGUGCGCUUGCCCUGAUCAAGGUCGGCUUUAAAGUCCGACUGUUUGAGCGGUACGACCGCGCCCGGCCCGCCGGCAACAUCCUCAACCUGUGGCCGCCGCCCAUCUACGCGCUCAAGUGCAUGGGCGUCGACAUCGACGACCUCGGCGCGCCGUGCCACGCCUCCUUUCGCAACCCCAACGGCCACGUCCGCGCCGACGUCAAGCUGCCCCAGGACGUCCUGGACAAGUACGGCGGUGGGUUCAUAGGCCUGCUGCGCCCGGACCUGUACACGCGCAUGCUCGAGGCUGUGCCGGAGGGCACGAUGGAGUUUGGCAAACAGGUCGUCGACAUCAAGGACCUGGGCCACUGCGUCGAGCUCACGCUCGCCGAUGGCUCGGUGGUCAAGACGCCGCUGCUGGUGGGCGCCGACGGCAUCGACUCGACGGUCCGCCAGCAUCUUUGGGGUCAGGCACCCAAGCGCUCGCACAACCUGAUGAUCAUUGGCGGCUUCACCUUCACCGAAGCGGUGGAGACGGAGCUGAACGAGUGCGUCAUCACGCACAACCCCCAAGUCCAGGGUACCUACACCACGAUCCUCAGCAAAGGCAGGCGGGGCCACCAGUGGUGGCUGCUGCAGGCCUGGCCCGAAUCCAAACCCGACCCGGAGAAGCUCAAGGAGUGUGCGCUCGACGGCGCCGCCGGGUUCCCCAACGGACCGCUCCGGGACCUGGUGGCGGCGACGCCGGCGGAAAACCUGCAGACGUGGCGGAUCCGGGACCGCGAGCCGCUGCGGCAGUGGUCCAAGGGCCGCAUCACGCUGGCCGGGGACGCUGCGCACGCGACGUCGCCGUACGCGGCCUACGGCGCGGGCAUGUCCAUCUGCGACGGGUACUUUCUGGCCAGGCUGCUCCGCGGCAGGUCGCUGAGCGACACGGAGGCGGUGGCCGGGGCGCUGCGCGAGUACGACGCGUGCCGGAUCCCGCACACGUCGGACCAGGUCAAUCUGGCUUACUUCCUCGGCCGUCUGUUUCACCAAGUGCCGUGGCCGCUCACGUUCCUGCGGGACCUGGUGCUGGAUUGGACGGCCCUGCUGCAGAGGGAGGUGGGCGAGCGUAGCCCCGGGGAGAUUGUCAAGCAGCUGGAUGAGAUGGGCGACGGGCUUUGA